AUUGUAUCUUCUUUCAAAUAUCUUUCAAUAUAGAAGAUAUUGUAUGUAGCUUUAUAAAUCUUUAGUCAAGGAACUAAUGACGUAAUACACGAUAGUUUACGCUUGGGCGCACUCUCAUAUAAGGUAUUUUGAUAGGUUUUGGUUGGUUGGUGAUUAAUACAAGAUCUCCAGACGUUAUACAGACACAUUUUAACGCGACCACUUCCUAUUAACAGGAUGCUACCAUCGUCAAACAAAAGGCCUCAUACAAUAGAUUCAGCCUGGUAUUGAACAUAAUUCUACAACACUGAGAGCUAGAUUAAAUUUAAAAUACAGUGAAGGGAUUAACAAAGCAUCAGAUAUGGCAAAUGCCCAGGGUUUAUUUCUACAGCAAAAUGCAGCGGAUACUUUACUUCGAAACACAUCUUCUCUUCAAGUUUUACUCAAUAUGGGGUUCCCGAAAGACAGAGCUUUAAAAGCGUUGGCGGCAACAGGGGAUGCUGGAGUACAGGUCGCAUGUGACUGGAUUUUUGCUCAUGUAAAAGACCCAACAUUAGACCAAGUAACUCCAAGGGAAUUUAUUCUAUAUGCAUGUCCAACAGGGCCAUUUGGUUUACAACUCGAAGAGUUCUGGCAGCAAUCGUUAGCCACUUGUGGGCGUAAUGGAGUACACAGCUCAUUUCCACACAUAACCCUAUGUUCAUUUUUUAAAGUAAUGUAUAUUAGCAUGUUUAUAUGGGCAUCUAUCAAUUUAAAACCUGUUACAGUCAAGGGCUGCCCAGCAAAAUUCGCAGUGGAAUAUUUUUCAACCCAAAACUAUGUUGGGCUUUUUCUUGAAGAAAAUGCAGCCCAGUUUCUUCGCAACCUUUCAGAACAGUUCGCUGAAGAAGCAAAAACUUUAGCAGGAACCAAAGUUGAACCACAUAGCAACAAGCAGCUUCAUAUUACACUGGCAUAUAAAUUCCCAACAAACCAAUUUACAAAACUUGAAGAGUUGGCAAAGAAACUUGAUUUAAAUAAACCAUCAGCUUGGGAGGUUCGGUUAUAUUCAAAGGACCCGAAAUUUGGAGACUGUGAGACACUACGAGUGUUGUAUCCAUAUUCACCAACUUCCGAAACACAUCUUCAGCUCAUCAAUGGUGAUUGCAUCUUUGUAGGUCCUGAAGAUGUUUCUGACGCUUCCAAGUCUAGCUUUGAGGGUUGGUUCUAUGGCACAUCAUGGAUGACUGGGUGUAGUGGUUUCUUCCCAGCCACCCACACAGAGAAAUCAACAGACACAGAUACAUGGACAAUACACAAGAACUGUGUGCUGACAAGUAAAGCAACCGCUUCGGAUGAAGGACGAAAGUUGCAACGAAAAUAUUCGCGAGGGGCUGACGAAUUCCACACAUCUGGUUAUAGUUCACAAACCUUACUACAGAACGAUAUAGCUGAAGUGCCAGAAAUAGAUGAACCAACACACCAGCAAAUAGAAAGUAGAGACCGAAGUAGACACGUACCAGUACCAAGCAACUCUGGGGUUGUCACAACUGACCCACCACCUAGACCACCCAAAGAUGAUGUUUACGCCCAGGUUCAAAAACCUAAAGGUAUCUCCCCUGUACUGCCAACAAUGAACCAAAGAUCACGAAGAAUUUAUAUUUUCCGUCACGCUGAGCGAGUGGAUGUCACGUUUGGGAAACAGUGGAUUAAAAUGUCAUUUGAUGAACAAGGCCACUAUCACCGGAAAAACCUUAACAUGCCGCAAAAGAUUCCAAAACGAGUUGGUGGGCCAGAAGAUUUUAACCACGAUAGCCCUAUUACUGAAAUGGGUUUGUACCAGGCAUUUUUGACUGGUCAAGGUCUUAGAGGGGUUGGGGUGAAUUUUAGCCACGUUUUUUCAAGUCCUUCGCUAAGAUGUCUACAGACUGCGAAUGCUAUUUUGAAGGGUAUGGGCGAUGACAAGAAAUUGAACGUAAACGUUGAUCUUGCGUUAUAUGAGUGGAUGAAGUGGAGUCCAGGUGGAUUGCCCAAGUUUAUGGAUGCUUCAAGUAUGAACAACUUUGGAAUAAAGGUCGACAAGAAUUAUCGAAGUUGGGUUUCUGAAGAUGACAUGCCGCAUAAUGAAAGAUGCAGCGAUUAUUUCAAGCGGUGUCAUAAGUUUAUAUCAAGAGUUGCAAAGGAAACAAAAGGAGAUAUAUUGAUCACCGGGCAUGCAGGAUCCCUAGAUGGUCUCUCCCGUCAAAUACAAGGGUUAAGCCCACGACCAAUGCCAGAGUUUGUGGGAAUUGUAACUAAGAUUCCUUACUGUGGAUCACUAGUGCUUGAAGAUUGUCCAGAGUUGGGUAUCUGGCAAAUUGUUGACCCUCCGUACCCCCCUUUAACCCACGCCCCUAACCCUAGGUUUGAUUGGAAGAUAUUACAAGGAUAGAUUAUCUCUGUGGGUUAUACACUGUGCACGAUACAACAUAGUUCUCUCAUGUGUAAUGUCAGGUAGGAUUUACACACAGCAGAGAAAAAGUAAAGAAAAAUGAUUUAGGCUGGAAUAUUACGUUCUUUCUUAUUUCUGCCUAAUACUACCUGUUACUGCUGCAAUUACUGUUAACAUUCAAAAGUGCUCUCUGUCUUAAGUUCCAAGUUUGGUUCUCUUGCUGCCUUUUUCUCUUUAUUUUUGACUAUCCAGGGCAGAGAUAGAUAAGUUACUGUAGUCCAGAAUCACAGAUUACUUAAUGUGUGUGCUUGUUUUUUUUCAUCUGCAUUCUAUCCUCAAAACUUUUUUCGUAACUUAGCAUAGCUCUUCUUUCUUGUGUACAUGGUCACUUUCGAUUUUCGCUCUAUUAUCGUGUGCAAUUUUUUUGCCGAAAUUUUUGGACCUUAAACCGGGAAGUGUUUCCAGUUUAAACUUGCUUGCCUCACAUAGUUGAUUAGCAAUGAGAUUAAUCAGUCAGAGGUAACACUGUUAACAGUAUAACACUUGAAAAUUAUAACUUAAAAGCCCAAUAAUUGUUCAGUGGGUUCCUUUUUUUGUAAAUUAGCUUUUGUAUUUGCA